CAGGCGACAGUUUUGCUGCUCAGAGUUAUUAUUACCGAUGAUAAUAAUAAUAGUAAUAAUAAUAAUAAUAAUACGAUAAUGUUUUAUUGGGAAGUAUUCAUACUAUCUCACCGUGUUCGGAUGUGCAACUGGCGUUCGUGUAUCGUGUGUCCGUCGUCGUCGUGACCGCUGCCCAAGUAGCGUUUAUCGGUCUGUUUCAAACAGCUAUUGAACAUCCCUACCGCGGGGUGCUCAUAUCGCUUGGUUGGAAUUUGUCAUCGUCUAUACAAUUUUCAAUCCGAGGCACUUUUUACGACCGAGUAAUUUACAGAUUGAUUCAGCUCCGAUUACGAGGACAACAAUAGAAAAAACGAGACAAAUAUGAGCAUGGAAAACCAUCACGAUCGCCUGCCGUCGGCCGACCACUUGGGUAUGUGUUUCACGACCUUAUGUAAACUCCUCGAAUUAAUAUCGGUGGGCUUUACCUUUACAGUGCUAGAUCACUCUACUUAUCUUUAGAUUAUUUCUUUUUUUUUUAGAUUUGAUUACUUUGACUCUCCUUGUUUUUACAGUUUUACUCUAAUUAGAAAUACUUGCCUUUGACCAGCCAGAAUUUGUAUCAUUACGAACCAAAUUGAUGUAUGUGCCCCUUUUAUAAAAUGUUUAAUUUAAUUUGAAGUUGAUAAUUAGUUGAAACCUAAAUUUUGGGUAAAAAAAAAAAUCAAAAAAAUGAAAAACUGUAUAAUUUCCGUUUUCCUUCCCUUAUCAACAUUCAGCGGUCAGAAUUUCAAUUUUCAAAUUUUCUGUGAAAAUAUGUGAGAUUUUAGGAUUCCAAAAAGGAUUAAAAAGUUGAAAAAUCAAAAUUCUGAAUAAUAUUAUUUGUAGUUGCUAUUCAAAUAGAAAGUCUCUGUACCAUUUUUCAAUAUUUUUAGUUAAGUUUUAACCCUAAGAGUGAGGCAACACCAGUGAAUGAUCAAAUUUGUCUAAAAAAUCCACAAAUGUGUGGUUUUAAGCUGGAUGUGCCUCGGUGAGAAAUAAUCUACUGUGAAACAUUAGUCUGUUGAGACUAAUGGAAAAUAAAAUGUAAUUGAUGUUUUUUGAUUUUUUGACUCUUAGAACCAGACUUAAACUGAUUUACUUAGUUUUUAAUUUUAUUAGAUAAUUAUUUUUUGAUUUUGUAAAUUUUAAUACUAUUGGGCCAGUGCUACUAUUUUGUAUUUUAAAAUUAAAUUAUUAGCAAACUUAAAAUAAAAACCAUAGCUGAAUUACAUUUUCCUAGUAACAGAUUUUCACUGAUUGCUUACUGUCGUAAUACAAAACCAGGAUAAAAACUGUCUGCAAAUUCAGCAGUUAAUUGUGAAUUAUUGAACCCUCGAAAGAGGGCAACUUAAUUUUUAAAAUGGUACAUCAUUUAUCGAUUUUGGUUUAGUAUCAAGGAAAAAAAGUGUUUUAAAUGAAAACACCUUUGAGAAACAAUUUAAUUGUAGGUUACUUACAAUAAUGCAAAAUACAAAGGCUGAGAUUAUUAUGUAUAAAAAUAGUGUAGAGAUAGGUUACCUUCUUAUAUAUAUAUUAUUAACCCUAACCAUAUUUGAUUUUUUUUAUUACAGAUAUUUAUUGCUUUUUGUAUAAUAAUGUUUUAAUUUUAGAUCCAUCAAACAAAAAUAAGAGGUCUAUACUCUUAAAUAAAUCAUUUCUGAUUGAUAUUGUAGACAAAAAAGUCACUUCAAAAGUGGAAAAACUCAUACAUUUAUAUGGAGGAGUAAGUUUUAUUGACAGACCAAUGAAAUAUUUUUUUUACUUAAAAUAUUAUUGAGAAAUAUACCUAGGUAUGCAUAUAAAUGCUGCAAUACUUUAGCACUAUAGAAUACUUUGUUGGGCUGAACAUGACCCACACACUGACAUCUUAUUUGUUUGUAUUUUUAAUUUUACAGAAAGUGCUGCAGGCUCUAGAGAAAAAUACCGAUUAUUUAAUAUCUGAUUAUGUUCAACACAACUUGGAAAUGAGUAAUGUUAGUUCACAUUUUUAUUACAUUUUUUUAAAUUUAUUUUAACAUAAUACUUAUAACUUGUAAUGGGCACUUUUAAAUACAGUGGAACUUCAAUAAGUCGAAAUAAAUGCUGUUCCCUUGUGAAAAAUCUUGAUUACUCAAAAAAAAAUUUAUAGAUAACUCAAACAUUCUGUGUUCUGAAUAUAGAUUGAUAAUGACUGAUAAUUUUUUUAAUUAUUUGUUUAAUUGACCUAUGUGUCCCAUAAUUUAACCUAUUGACAUGUAUUAUGUUUAUUAUAGUAUUUUUCAUUUGAUAAUAAAUAAUAUUAAUAAUAAUAAUAAUAAUUUGACUAUAUUCUGUACAGAUAUUUUAAAAACACUUAAGUCAAAUUUAUUGCCUAUAACUUUGAUAACUCGAAAAUUUUAAUAAAUUGAAAACCUCGUUAAGUCAAAAAUAUUGUAUUUCCUUUAAAUUUUGAUUUAUUAAUGUUCCGCUGUAGUUUAUAUUAUUAUUAGUUUUGGAUAGCUUGAAAUAAAAAUUGUAUAGUUAUAGGAAAAACUAUUAGAAUAUUUAAAUAGUUUCAAUUUCAAUAUUUUUCUUCUGUAUUAUUUAAAUAUAUGUACAUAUAUAUAUUUGCAUAACAAUGAUUUGAAUAAACAUAGUCAGUAGGUACUAGGUAUAAGGCACAGAUCUUCCACCAUCUACUUUCCUUUAAACAGGAUUUGCAAAUAGUUCUAUAAAAUACUACCUGCAGUAUGCCUCCGUUAUGCACAAUGACAUUUUUCAAAUAAAAACUUUGAAUUGUUUUUUCCAUGAACUAAAUAAAAACAAAAAUUAUACUGAAUACUAAUAACUAUACUAAAAGUUGAUAGUGCUCAUCACUAAUUUUAAUUAAUUUACUUUAUUUAAAUCUAGUGUAAAAGUGAAAUUGAAGUCCAAAAUAUGCUAUCUUCUAGACAAGAAAAUUCAGCUGAUAUUGUUAAAAAAGCUAAACUUUUCAACAUACAUAUUUUGACUGCCAAAAAGGUUUAAGAAAUGCUUUAAAAUACCUACUUAUCUAGUAUAAAUGUUUGAUAAUUAAAUUAUUUUAUUUUUAAUUAUAGUUUCAACAUUGGCUGAAAUCUUUGUUGAAAAAAUAUCGACAGAACAAAAAUUCUACAGAUAAAAUUGCCAAUGUACUGAGAGGAAAAGUUAGUUUAAAAAUUGAAUCAUUGGAUCAAGGACAGUGUCCAGUUUUUGAAUUUAUACCAAAGUGGCCAGACUUAGGAGACACAUUAUGUAAAAAAAAACCUAAUAUCCCUACGCAAAAUAAUUUUAACAGAGAAAAUGAAAUAGACGAUGAAUAUUCUUCAGACCAAUAUAGGUGUAAUAUAUUUUUAUUAAAUAAGAUAUUAUGUUUAAUUAUUAUUAUUUUUACAGUACUUCAGAAGUUGGUGGAAUGUGUGAACUAUGUGAUGUACCUUUUAUGAAUUAUAAAGAACAUAUAAAUACAAAAAUACAUAUAAGAGAAAGUCUGGAUGAUAACAAAUUCCAUGAACUAGACGAAUUAAUAAAUCAGAGGCCUUUAAAUUCUAUUUUCAACCAAUUCACACCAGAAAAGUAUUAUAAAAAUAUUUCAUUUUAAUAUUUUAAAUGUCAUUUUUAAUAUUAUUUAAACAAUUUUUAAGGAAAAUUAGUGAAGUUAAACAUUUAAUUCAUGAAAAAACUAAUGUCAAAUCCUAUACAGAAGCAACAGAAGAAAUCAUUAAUGUAGUUGAUACUGAUUCAGAUGACAAUGACAUAAAAACUCGGGUAAAUAUCUAAACUUAAUUUUUGUGCCUUCAUAAUCUAAAAAUUCUAAUUAAAAAAUAUAUAUUAAAUAUAUUAUUAUAAAUUGCUAAUUAAUCAAUAUUUUGAAUUUAUUCACAUAUUAUUAUUUUAUGUUAAUUUGAAAAUUAUUGAUAGAUUAACUAUUUAUUUCUUAUUCCAGCUUUGUUCUGUCAGUGACAAUCCUGGUACUUUUGAAAAACAAACUAUAUGUUUCAAAAGACAGUAUUCUGCAACUGAUAUUACAUUUGUACCUCAAAAGAGACCUAGUAAUUUACAACUAACAUCAGAUGAAGAAACCAGUUAUCAUAAAAAAACCAAGCGAAAACAUAAAACCCACCAAAAAUCAUUAUCUAAGCACAUAUACAAAGUAGAAGUGGUCGAACCUAAUCAAAUAUUACCGAAAUCAAAAAAUACAAAUAAACCACCAGUGGUUAUACGUCUGAAGAGGGUUCAACACAAUGAAAACAAAUAUUGCUCAAGUGAUUUUAAUACAGAUUGUUUGAAAGAUACAAGUUCACUUGAAAACCAUAUUCCAAAUCAUAAAUUUAUAAGAGUGGUUAGAAAACCCAGCAUUUACAAUGAUAAUAAUAUACGACCUGUGACAAAAAGUUUUUCAAAUAAUCAUAUUUUCACGUUUGAAUACCCAGAAUUACGUAGGUUUAUUCAAAAAGAAAAAUUAUAUCACCCUAUAUCUGUAAAUAUACCUGAUACACAAUCUAGUGUCAAAUAUAUAGAUGAAAGGAUAUCCAAACAAGACAAUCAUAAUUUAAAAUGUGCAAUGUCCUUCAGUAAAUCUAUAAAGUUUAUAUUAAACAUGAAACCUCAACAAAUUGGAGCAUGGUUUUUUAACAUUCCAAAAGAAAUUGAAGACGACUACUCAUUUGAUUCUGCUGUAUUAACUCCUUUAACCACAAAAUCAAACACAACAUCCAUAUGAAAAAAAAAUGUCAAGAUUAUUAUAAAACUUCUAAAUGGUCUUGUGAAUCCUAUUUGAGAUCUCUUAAUAUUUUUUUCUAUCUUUCAACAUUUUAUUUUUAUGUUAAAAAUAUUAAAUAUUAUUUUGGUUUUAAAAUUAAAUCUUAAGCCAUUCUACUAACUAUUGAGUACAAAAUAGUUAAAUUUAUAAUAAUAUGUACUUAAAAUAAAGGCUUUAUUUUAAUUACAGAUUUUUAAAUAGUUUAAUGCUAUGUUUUGUUUGAUAACUUUUUUAAAAACUACUUUGAAAAGUUAUUUAUAUAAAGUUAAAAAAAAUUUAGCUUUGUUUAUCUUAAAUCAUUGUCUUUUAUUGUUUAAAAAAGUAUGUUAAUUUACUUUAAAUUUUAUAUAAAUGUUCAUAAUAUUAAGUUAAAUACAGUCAAUAUAGACUGUUUUUGUUAACCAUGUUUGUAUAAUUUAGGGAUGGGCUAAUAUCAAAAACCAUGAAUUAUUAUUGAAACUUUCUGAUAUAUCUAUUGAAAUUCCAAUUAUUUGUAAUGUUUUUUUUUUUCAGAUUCAUACUCAUUUUUUGGAAUUUUUAAGUAUAGUUUAAGCCGAUAUUUUUGAAUAUUUAGAUUUCUAACAACAUUUUAGAAGCAUCAAGUGUUGAUACAAAUUUUGGUUUCUUAAAUGAGAACUUAUAUUAAAACUUCCAUAAAUAGAUGGAGUAUUAGUUAAAAUAGAUUUUAGUAGUUCACAUUUUUGAUUUCUGUCAAGAGAUAUUCCACUUUUCAGUUUAGGUAGGGGAGAGUAGUAGAGCACUAAUUAAAUGCACAGCCACGUUUAUGAUACUUCACUGUCUUCCCCCUACCUUAACUUAAAAAUAUAAUAUCUCAUUAACAUUUGAAAAACAGGAUACUCCUUAAAUUUUGUGAAAAAUUAAAGUACCUUAAAAUAUUGUCUUAAACUAACUUAAAAAUUCCAAAAAUCAGAAUUUAAAUAUAUGCUAAAUUUAACCAAAAAAAAAAAAAAAUGAGAUGAGCAUGCUUAGUGAAUCACCUUGUAUAAGAUUAAAUUUUGGUAAUCAUGUUUUUAUUUUAGUGUAUGUAUCCACUCCCUAAGUAUUGAUAUUAUUGAUUUUAUUCAUUUUUUUUCUUGCUUAUUUGCAAUAUUAAAAUAUUUAUUAUUUGAAUCAUUAUAAUUUUAUAUUAUUUAUCAAUUGGAAAUGUAACUCGCAUCAGCAAAUCGGUAUUUUGAUUUUGAAAUAAUACACAAAUUUAUAUGAGCUUUUUUUUUAUUAAGGUACAUAUAUUUUUAUUACAGGUUAUUUCCUAGUCUAUUUUAAGUGAAAAAAGAAAAUUCAAAAUUAUUCAAGAGUUAAAUUAUAUUAUUCAAUUAGUAUUUUUAUAGUAUUAUUAUAUAAACUAGUUGAUUUUCUUUUAUUGUGAUAAUUAAUUGGUUUUUUUUUUUUUAUAAUUUUUACCAGUAUAUACAUUAAAAAUAAGAUUCUUACAAUAUUAUUAUUAUUAUUUUAUUAAGUAUAUUGUUAUUAUUAUUUUUAUUACAAAGUAUAUUACUGUUAUUACGAAGUAUAUUAAUUUCUUAAAAUGCUUCUUGAAAUUUUAUUGAAUUAAUUUUGUCGAUUAAAAUAACAUAUUUGUAUUAAUAUAUUAUAAUAUUGUUAUACUGAAUUAUAGACUGAUUAAAAAUAAUACUGAUUAUAAUAAAUAGGGUAAUUGGAUUAUAUUAUAUAAUUAUGUAAUAUUAUUUUUGUUUUUCUUAAAAUUGUACUUUUUCCAACACUAUUGAAAUGUAUUUAUAAAAGAAAUUAUAUAAAAUGAUUUUUGUUUAUUUUUAAUUUGAUGAUGUAAAAUUAAUUUGGAUUUAAUAAUGUUUAAAUUGUAAAAUGUAAAGUACAAUUUUUGUUAUAUCAUGAAAACUGGAUUUUUUUAAAACUAAUUUUUACAAAUAUAUAAAUUAAACUUAAGAUUCUUACAAUAUUUUUAUUAAGUAUAAUAAUUUCUAAAAAUACUUUGAAUUUAUCUUAUUUAUUCAAACAGAAUAUUUUUAUUAAUACAUUAUAAUAUUGCUCUUGAAUUAUAGACUGAUUAAAAAUAAUAAAUAGGGUAAUUCAAUUGUAUAAUAUUAUUUUUGUUUUUCUUAAAAUUGUACUUACUGC